GCACGGACUGGUUUCGGUGUGCACCUAUGCUCUGUGUCUUCGUGCCGAUGGGAAACAAGCUCCGAUAAGACAAACUUCGAUAAAUGAACUAUGGCGCUGCGAGCCUGUGGUUUCAUUGUGUUUCGACGUCUUGCAAGUUGUGCUCCUCCACCGGACAACAUAGAGUUCCUCCUCUUGCAGACCUCAUAUGGACAGCACCACUGGACCCCUCCUAAAGGCCAUGUGGACCGAGGUGAAGAUGACCUCACCACAGCUCUUAGGGAGACAAAGGAAGAGGCGGGCCUUGGCACAGAAGACCUUCAGGUCAUCGAGGGCUUCCUGAAGGAGCUGCGCUACAAGGUGAGAGGUCAACCCAAGGAGGUGCUCUACUGGCUAGCCGAACUCCGAGACCCGGGGACAGAGGUCACUCUGUCGGAGGAGCACCAGAACUAUCGCUGGGCCCACUUGGAGGACGCCUGCUCUCUGGCCCAGCACAAAGACAUGCAAGACACUCUGAGAGCAGCACAUAGACACUUGGAGGCUCAGCAGGACAAGCAGUGACAUAAGGGUAAUUCUGGAAUUGCAUUGUCAAGUACCUCCUCAAUAUUCUUAAUGAAAUGGGUUGGGUAAAUACAAGGGGGUCUUUGGUUUACUACGGAGUCCCCUUCCAACAGCAAUUUUAUGUGUAAGUCGAAACACACCGUAGUGUUAUCACUAACCCACACUAACAAAGUAAUAAAGUUAUAAUUACAGUAAAUGUUUGUUUGCUAAACACUUCUCGGCCAGAAAUAUAAGGAAAUCAAAUGAAAAAAAUAACUAUAGUGGUUAUUGAGCAUGCCUCCAAGUGCUGUGUGACAACGUAUUCUUAGGCGAAAUGUCAUGUCUGGAUCGUCGUAACCAAAAUAAUCAUGUAUUUUGCACACAUCCUGGAGAUGAUUGAGCUCAGCAAACCUCAUGUUCAAUUAGGACAAUUUCAAACAAACCAAAUUAGGUACGUGGUCUAUUGCAGCAGUCACCAAUAUCUGCCCGUGGGCACCUUGUCGCUACCAAUGAACUCAUGAGAGAACACACAGCACUCAGCUGCAAAAAGGUUGGUGAUCCCUGGCCUAUUGUGAAGCACCACCACUGAAAUGAUAGCUACUAGUUCUACUACUGUUUUUAUUAUUAUUAAUUGUUAGGGAUGCGAAUCGAAAACCGGUUCAGUAAUUACAGCGACUGAAAUAAGUGUUCAACAUGUCACCAUUUUUCUCACUAAAUAUAUUUCCAAAGGUGCUAUUGACAUGAAAAUUUCACCAGAUGUUGGAAAAAACCCAAGUAAUCCAUACAAAGAAAGUAGAACAAAUAAGAUCAGAAAUUAAGUUGUGUUUAAUAAUAUGAAAUGACACAGGGAACACGUAUUGAACAUGCCAACUGGUAUUUAUUUAAUACUUUCUUCAAAAUCCUUUGUUUGCAAUGACAGUGUAGCGUAUAUUGGGUUUGGAUAAAAGCGUAUUUAAUUUGGAAAAGGAAUACGUCUGAGAGUAAAGGCCUGCAUUUACUUCCGGUGUAAUUCGACGUAUGUCGAAGGUAACAAUCAAACUAUCUUUGUCUCGUAUAGGGCACCACAUCUCUGUUCAUACAUUUUGGAAAAGUGACGAAAAAACCUCUAUCAAUCUCUGUACUUUAGAAGGCUCGCUACAUGGAUGAAAUAAAUAGUUCUCGAUUACAGCGGUUUUACUAUUUCACUCAAACACACAAAGUACAGACAGGAAGUGGAAUUUUAGAGAAAUUUUAAUUAAAUCUACAGGGGAACUACAGGAGGAACAAUGCAGAGGGACUUUACUACAAAAAAGAAAAGGUACAGCUAAACGUUCGAAAAGAAGGCUAAACUCGUGGCGUAAGUGUGGAAUGAGGAUGUGCGGUGAGCGAUGCGAGAGCUGGGAAUUUCUGUGACCGUUAGUGUAAGACCAAUUAUGCACCAAUUUGUACUUGGUAAUCAGCAAAUUAUACUCGCGUUGCACAUAACACAAAUAGGCAGGCAGGUCGAUCCUUCCGAUGGCUGGGCAAGGGCGUCGACAGGUUGAUUUGAAGAAAAACGAGGAAAAAGAAAAAGCAAGGGUAGAGUAGCCGAAGCGCCUGAGUGACGUUAGUCACGUACUCUUGCACCUGCAAAUCCUUCCUGCCGGCUUUCUCUUCUCACCCACACACAAAAGUGUAGUUUGGGGAGCUGACAGAAUAACUCGGUGGGUCAGCGAUCGUCGGCGCGGCAAAGAGGAUUCGACCGGACCUAGCUCGUUUUGGCUCGCCUCCCCCACCUCGUGGUCAGGAGUGGGGCUUCUUGACUGGGAGCCAGCAUCUUCGGCAGAGCAGGAGACCAAGAGCAGAGAAUACAAUUAUCUCCAGUCUUUUGUAUCAAGGAAAACGGGGUUGCCCUAAAAGGCAAGAGCGGGAAGGACAGACCACGCCUCUGAUAUUGAAAUUCACUUCGAGAAUUAUCUGUAGUAUAAAACCAGUGGGUCUAAAAUAAGAAGUCAAUUCCCAGCUUUUGCAUUGUCUCACACACCAUGGUUAAUCAAUGCAAUGAGUGUUUCAACCAUAUUUGGUGGCCAAGAACACUUAAUGUCAAUUAUGUCACAUUUUCGUCUGUCUGAGGUAAAGACAAUCAUAUUCGGUUGACAAACAGGUUUGGGAGCAGACCUGGAAGAAACAUCAUCAUUAGUGACAUUGCUAUCAUGAUAUACACUGAGAGCAUGAGUGCAAAGUAUCAUAAAAUAUGAAACAAUCACGAUAAAACUGGGGGUAAUGAUAAUAAGCUUGCAGUGACUCUAAAAUGCCAAGGGGUGUCGCCCGCACUCCACCAAUGGUCCCAGAGCGUCUAGGACAUUAAAAUGACCCAAGGUCAGUUGUAAUUGCUCUGGAUGAGUUCCUGUGAAGGUCUGAGAGUAAUAGUUCAACUUGUGACCUGUCUGUCUGAUGAAUCCAUUGUUGUCCAUGGUCACAAACAGUCACAUUUGAAAGGAGGGUUUCCCAAAUUCUUGGUCAUUAAAUCAGUCGGCAGAAAAAGGGUCUUUGUUGGAGAAUGGCUGCAGGAGGGCUCUUGAACAGUUGAUGGCCCAGAUUUCCUGUGUCUUGUGGAAACAGACCGGGUCGUUGAGGGUCACAAUGCAGGAAUGCAAGGUAAUCGCCUCAUGAGGGUUGAAGUGUGUGUAUAUAUAUAUAAUAUAUAUGUAUAUAUACACACACACACACAUUGGGGCAAAAAAGUAUUUAGUCAGCCACCAAUUGUGCAAGUUCUCCCAUUUAAAAAUAUGAGAGGCUUGUAAUUUUCAUCAUAGGUAUACCUCACCUAUGAGAGACAAAAUGAGGAAAAAAAUUCCAGAAAA